AUGGCGAUGUGCAUUGGAAUAGAGGAAAAAGAAACAAGUCAUGGUUCUAAGAUCCUUCAAUUGUCGUUCGCUAGUAUGGCUUCUAAAGGUCCCUCUCUCAUCUACCUACCUCUCAAUCGAAACCAAUAUCCUCUAGCACCCAACACUUAA